AUGGCAUCUGUGAGUUCUGGGAGUGCCUACGCCACUGAUAUCGUCGCCGUUCAGUGGGUUUAUUAUAAUCAAACAUACAACUUUGGAUACCAAUGGAUGGUGGUAAUGUCCACACAGCUUAUCACCCGCCGCUUCCUCGUGAAGCCACCUUCGAUGCGUAUGCGGCGUCUUUCAGUUUAUCUUUCAACCCCCACUUAUGCCGGUAUCGGUACCCGCGGAGGUAUUAGCCGAGAAAGGUCCAUCUUCUAUGUCUUCCUCGGUUCUUUCUCGUGGUACUUUCUGCCUCGCUACCUCUUCCAAGCGCUCGGCUACUUUUCUUGGGUGUGCUGGAUCGUGUCCGACAAUGUACCAGUGAACGAGAUGUUUGGUUACGUGCAUGGCAUGGGUAUGAGUCUCACCGCGUUCGAUUGGGCACAGAUUGCGUAUAUCGGGCCACGCCAUGGAAUCCUUACCCCAGCGCUCUAUUGUUCGAACGCAUGGGAUAGCAAAUACAUGCCGAUUUCGUCCAGGGGAUCAUAUGAUCACUUUGGCGCUACCUACGAUGUGACCAAGAUCAUGAACCUCAACGCCACGUUCAACGGGGGUGCAUACAAAGCGUAUAGCCCUUUGUACAUCUGGACGACAUUCGCCAUCUCCUACAGCCUCUCACUUGCGAGUAUUACUGCUACGAUUACCCAUGCCUUCCUGUACUUCCGCAAACAGAUCUGGACACAAGCGCGCCGGGCGAUGCAUGAACAGUCUGAUAUCCACGCGCGUCUCAUGUCGCAAUAUCGUCAGGUGCCGGAGUGGUGGUAUGCAGUGAUUUUCGUCGUUAUGUUUGCAUUUGGCGUCAUCUCUAUUGAGCUUUGGGACACCAAGUUCCCGGUCCAAUUCUUUAUUCUUGCGCUAGUCAUCUCCUUCGAAGUUAUGUCUAUGCCAUUCGUUUGCCACGGCUGCAGAACAAUGGACCUUGACUGCGAAAUCAUCGCUGUAUGUCAGUGUGGUGGAUUCUGGUGCUCGCAGAUAUGCCUAGACAUAUUCUUCGAAAGCCAUUUCACCGAGCCUCACAUCUACAACAUGUAUUUUUCGAUCAUUAUCCAAAAUCCGACCAGGAAAUGCUAUAUGAAGAUCCAGGGCACGACUGCAUCAUUCGUGGCCUCAUAUUUUAACAACACAGUACGUCUUCACCUCGUCCUCAUAUUGUCAAAACUCAAAACAAAGGCGUCAGGAUCUGUUGUUAAAGACAAUUUUCUCCCGUUCAUAUUCCGACUUGGGACCUAUAGCAAGAUACUUGGCUGUAUUCUGAAGCUGGACGGAUUCUUUCCGCAAGAUGAGCUCGCCUUUCGAACGGUCUGUGGACAAGGGAGCGACCCGCUAUUUCAGCUUUGGUACCGCAAGAACCAAAUGCAGCUGGGCGUCAAGGAUCCCAAAGCUGUGAGCAGCACGAUUACCUGCUUCACCUAUCCUCCUGAGCCAGAGAAAGUAUGGUAUGGCACAGUCAUCGCUCUAAUAUUCGAGAAAGACGUGUGCAUCUGA